CGUCAACAAUACAAACACAGUUCAGUAUUUCUCCCCGCCAUGGCAACAGUGAAACAGCUGACGGAAAUCACAGAUAUUGACGAUCUGAAGGAUCUGCAGAAGCUGUAUCUCAAGGAUUGGCCCAGUAACUGUGUCGCUUACUUCUGGUUGGAUAAUUACUUGAGAUGGUUGCAGCAAAAUCCGCGCUUAAAUCACCUUACCUUUUAUACUUUGAAUAACGAUUGGCAAAAUGAUGGAUUAUUUAUAUUGGUGCAUCGCUAUCAGUUGUUCUUCAGUAACUUAAGUAAACAAGAAUCCGAUUUGAAAGAUGCUUUGAAAUUAUUGGAUUGGUCGGGAGGCUUCAAAGUCAGUGCCAUUCAAGAGAAUCACCAUAAAAUCUACAAGGAGCUCGUUGCGGAACUCAAUCUUACCAUGUACCGUGAAAUGCCUACCACAAUGUAUAGUUUGAACUGCGGGGAGGCUAGGAAACUGGAGAUAAAUUGCCCGGAGGGGUAUUAUCUGGAUAAAGUGCGUUUGGAACAUGCAGAGCUUAUAAACGAUCUAUGGUCGGCCCGUCAUCCUGGUUCCCUUAAACUCAUUCAAAUGCUAAUCACUAAUAAUACCAAUGUGGGUUUAUAUGAGAGGGAAUCGGGUUUGUUGUGCGCCUGGUGUUUAAGACUCCAAAGCGGAUUUCUGGGAGCAUUGGAAGUGAUCGAAACCCAUCAACGUCGCGGUUUGGGGUUAGUAGUUGCUUCCGCCAUUUCCAAGGCUAUUGCCACCGAUCUCCAGCAUGACAUAACGGCCCUGGUCAAUAUGAACAAUGCUGCUGCUUGUCGCGUGUUCGAGAAACUGGAUUUCAAAUUGAUCCGGGAGAAGCAAUAUUACUGGAGCAUGAUCAAACCGAGGCACGGAGAUCAGAUAUCUUGGCCCAACAAUGAGAAGAUAACCUUGUGUGGAGCACUUUCUGAGAUGGAUCGUCUACAGCAAGUCGGUGUCCAGCAGAUGGAGGACCUCAAAAGUGUGUACACCCGAGACUGGCCAAAAUACUGCAAGGAAUACUACUGCCUGGAUAAUUUUGUGGACCUUCACAGAAGGGAUCCCCAGCUGGAGAAUGUAAAAGUGUACGCUCUUCCCGACCUUGAACUCGGACUAUUUGUGAUUGUGGAUCGCAAUCAGAUUUCUGUGGGCUUUUUGGAGUCUGAAAGAUCGGAAAGUCUUCUGAGGGAAGCCUUACUUCAGUUGGACUUCUUGGGAGGCGAACAGUUCGCCUCCAUGCCAAAAAGAUAUUUUAAAGCUGCCAUGGAUGUUAUUUAUGCCAAAAAUCUGAAAAUAGAUAUCAAUAGUGCCACCUACUCUCUGGUCUUGAGUAACGAAAAGGCCCUGCAGUUCCAAGUGGAACCGCCAGUUGGAUUUUCCUUAAAAUCUUUAGAUGUGAAGGAUGCCAAGGUGGUUGAUGAUCACUGGGAGUGGAGUGAGCCGGGCACUCUUUCCUUCAUCCAACGUCAGAUUUUCUGCAACACCAGUGUGGGCUUGUACAAGGACGAAGACAAUGAGCUCGUGGCCUGGUGUAUAAGAGCUCAGGAUGGUUUAUUGGCAGUGCUGCAGGUCAAAAACUCCUACCAACGCAGAGGUUUCGGCGCUCUAAUUGUGAAAGAGUUCUCCAGACUGGAGGCUCUUCAGGGAAAUGACAUUAUCACCGAAGUCGUUCCAGAAAACAAGGCAUCGUUGAGUCUGUUCCAGAAAUUGGGCUUCAGGAUUAUCAAUCAGUGUAAUUGGCUUUUAACCGAAGCGCCCAUGAGAGAACGAUAAGAUACAUAUAGGGAUUGUUUUUGUACGGGUUAGACCUAAGAGAAAUAAACAAAUAAACAUAACAAUAAAAGAGA